CUAUGCAGGUGAGACCUGAUGCAUUUGUUGAGUUGCUGCUAAAUGAUGUUGCAUGCAAACAAAUGAAAGUUACUAAGGUUUUACAUGUACUGCAGAAUGAAUCACCAGAUGCUGAUCUGCAUUCUUUACCUCUUUUAAAAGAUUUUUUGGAGGCAAUUCUAAGUGAUAAAAAGAUGCUGUCUGAUGUUGAUUCAUCUGUCUUAGUACUUUUAGUCAAAAUCUACUUAAAAAGGUUACUAGAAUCUCGUAAUAAAAAUGGUGCCACUUCAAAUACAUUUUCUGGAAGUGUAUGUUCAUUUGCAGUUUUGUUUGGUUCCAGACCUGCAUGGUUAAAUGAGAUGCCACCAUUUAACGGGAAAGGAAUCUCAAGAACAUGCACAUUAUCUCAAAAAUGUAACAAAGAGAAAGUAAAUGGACAAGAAGUGGAUUGCUGCUGUUGGUCAUGCAAUGAAGACUUGUUGAGACUUCAGUCACUUCUUUCAUAUUUGGGUCCAUCUGAUGAGGUUAAAGAAUUAGUUCUCGACUUCUUGUGCUCUGCAAAAGAAAAGAAACCUAGUUGGUUGAGUUUGGAUGUCAUGUGCUCCAGUGAAGCACAGGCAAUUAAAAUACUCAUAGGAAUGGCACCAAAAGCAUUAUUACCAUAUGCCAAAGAAAUCAUUAAAGCUGAUGAAAAGAAGUGGUGCAUGCUGUUCACAUUAUUACAUGAGCACAUGAAAAGUCUUCCUGAAGACCACCCUUUGUUUGAAGUGUAUUUAGAAACAUUCCAUAGUGUGCUAGCUCAUUUAGCUGAAACUCUAAAGCCUGUUGAAUUACUUGGACUUCUUCCACAAGAAAAAGAUCCUAUUUUUGUACCAUAUGUAAAAAGAUGUGUAGAUAAACACCAAGCAAAUCUAUUAAAAGAUAAAAUUGUAUCUCUUGGCCAAGAAAUUAAAUCUAUGAUGUUAAGCUAAUAUCUUAAAUACACCAUUCGUAUUAUAUUAACUUAUACUUUCUUCCCUUUAAAAAUAUAUAUACAUGUUUCAUUAUUCUCUAAAGCAAACAUUAUUCUUAGAAUUCAUGUAGUAUUAUGAAUGAAAUCAUCCACGUUUAUUAAAAUAUUGUGUUUUCUUUUAUAGUUAUUUAUAAAGAAAAGUGUAUAACAUUCUCUGUAAAUUAUUUUGCUAAAAGUUUCUUUAAAUACUUUUGUGAUCACUUAUGAUUAUCAAUAAGUAUUUUCAAUUCAGAUUGCAGAAUAUCAUAAUUUUGUAAAGAAAAACUUGUUUAUUUUAUUUAAAUUUUUAUCUAGUUGGUUUACAUGUUGUUAUAUGUACUGCAUGUUAAGUUAUUUUCCAUAUAGGCUUGUAUAUUUUCUAUAUAUUAUGAACUUGUGUUGUUACGCCAUAGUAAUUUAUUGUAUUUUUUUUCUCAUAUUAUAUGUAAUAUUUAAAAUGUUUUUAAUAAAUGGCUUGAUGUCAUAAAAUAAAAAAA